AUGAUGUCCACCGAUCCCAACUCGUUUGAGGCGAUCAGACCGAAGCUGACGACACAGACGCUGCAAGACAUUGAGGGACUCGACCCUCAAAAGUACGGCUUCGGGCGCGAGGAGUGCUGUGGCCCGAUCCCGGCCAAGAUUAUCGGCAGCAUGAGUCUGCGGGAGCACAUCUUUCUGAACACUCGUAUGCCUGCAAGGGAGUGGGACAAGCACACCGAGAACGUGCCGGGCUUUAAGGAGCUGAGGCAUCACGUCAAGCACAAGUUACCGGAUGCAAACUUUAACGUGUCGCACGUUGACCAGGACACGGAGGACUCGAUCCUACACUGUAAACUGGACGAUGACAAGAAGGCGGUCAUCAUUACACAAUACAGCGGUGUCUCGGAGCCGUAUGAGCUGCCGUGGGAGGUAAAAGGCACACUGGCCGUAGACCGCUCGGGUGAGUACUUUAUCUUCCUCUGUUCCCACUUCACACGCGACGCGCGCUGCGGCUACUGCGGCUCCGUCUUGAUCGACCUCUUUCGUCAUGCUCUCCUCGAAAAGAUGGGCGCCGGUGGUGCGGAGCGGGUGACAGUGUGCUCGUGCUCGCACAUGGGCGGUCAUAUCUACGCGGGCAACGUGAUCAUCUACAGCCGCCACGGUGGCAUCUGCUACGGCCUCUUCAAGCCGGAGGAUGUGCUGCCCGUAGUGGACGCCAUCGCGGAGGAUAAGGGUGCGAUACCCGAGUCACUCAAGAACCGCAUUCGCGGGCAGAUGGGGUUCAGCGCAUCGUAA